GCUUAGCCUUAUCCCGGAUUGGCUACCUUUAGAUGAGGGCUGUGGAUGAGAGUGACAGCGGUUCGUGGAAGUCGAAUGAAGCCAAAUACACGUUUUACCGCUUUUAAGUGUGCAUGGCUUCGAGUGUCGCUGUGUUUUUCUUAACGUCAGCUUUGCAGUUUUUGACGUAUGCCCGUUCCGAAUACCGGCGAGUUUCUUUUUUUUAACUUUCUGCAAUGCAUGCCAUUUCUGAACAACUGACAAAAAAAAGUAGUUCGUGAGAUUAUCCUCAAGGGAUAUCGUUAGCAUUCAUCAGCAUUUCUGUUUUGCUCCACCAGAAGCUUUCUUUAACAACAACGACAGCAUUCACAUGUCUUUAGUGACUGAUUUCGACAGCUAAGUUCCCCAAGAUACGGGAGAUACAUUUGAACUGGAAUGGUUGGAUAUGACCCAAGGUCCGAGAGUGCCACACUGUCACCAGCAGAGGUAGCGACAGCUGGUUCUGUUUCUGGGAUGGUCACCAGAGCUAUGAUCAGCCCUCUGGAUGUCAUCAAAAUAAGGUUCCAGCUUCAGAUCGAGAAGAUUUCAGCUCAUGUUCCACAGGCAAAAUACCAUGGGUUAUGGCAGGCAUCUCGUUGCAUCUUUACAGAGGAGGGUAUGGUUGCUUUUUGGAAAGGUCAUAUUCCUGCCCAGCUGUUGUCCAUUACAUAUGGAGCUGUCCAGUUUGUAACAUUUGAAAUGUUGACUGAAUUUGUCCAUAAGACAACAUCACUCAACAGCAGGAAUGCCAAUGUUCACUUUGUUUGUGGUGGCCUUGCAGCCUGCACUGCCACUUUUGCCUGCCAACCUCUGGAUACCUUGAGGACCCGCUUUGCUGCUCAGGGAGAACCCAAGGUCUACAAAAAUCUACGCCAUGCAGUGAGCAUAAUGCUGCAGACAGAAGGACCCUCAGGUUUUUAUCGAGGCCUCACACCCACCUUGAUUGCGGUCUUUCCAUAUGCUGGAUUGCAGUUCUUCUUUUAUAACAUUUUCCAAAAGGUUUACCAGUGGGCAGCUCCGCCUAAAGAAUCCAGCUCAGGUAAUUUAAAAAAUCUUGUGUGUGGGAGCUGUGCUGGGAUCAUCAGUAAAACAAUGACAUACCCUUUUGACCUUUUCAAAAAGCGCCUUCAAGUUGGUGGUUUUGAAGCAGCAAGAAUAUCCUUUGGCCAAGUACGUUUAUACAAGGGUUUUACAGAUUGUGCAGUGAAAGUUUUACAGGAAGAAGGACCCAAAGGCUUCUUCAAGGGUCUCUCCCCUAGCCUGAUAAAGGCUGCAUUUUCAACGGGAUUCACCUUCUUCUGGUAUGAGCUCCUUUGCAGUGUCCUGCGUACUUUUAAAGAAAAGCACCAAGCCACACAAUUAGCCAGAAUCUCCAGAGAUUGAGAGGUAAAUGCAUAUCUGGACUAGUCAUUGAUGACAUAAUAUCUAACGGAUAUCAUAAUGGCUUCUGAAAGCAGUCGGAUUAUGUUGUUGAGCUAAACCACAUUUUCUUGAAGUGAGCAUUCAGAAGACAUUGUUACCCAGACUUAUUCAAAUGACAGUCUUCUAAAUAGUCUGAGGUCAGAAGAUGGGAUUUCCUACUAAUGGUCACUUUCUUAAUCACUGAUUUAGUAUUUUGAAAUGUGUCCACUUAUUGUGUUAUUUAUGGUGUUUUUUAAAUUUUUACUUGCACAUAUGUAAAAUACUUUGGGUUCAUUAAGCACUUAAGAGGCAUGUUUAUUUUUUCUUUUUGUGUAAAAAAAUCAUUGUUCUGCAAUGUUAAUAAAGUAUAUUAUUGGUAUAUAUUUA